AUGGAUUUCAAGUUCAGGGCGAUUGACGAUCCGCCGCCUUCAACUCCGUCGUCGUCGUCGGGUCAAGCAUUGCGACCCGAGUCGAACGUCAUUCUAAGCCGGACCGAGGACGUGGAACUGGAGAAGUUGCAGAUCAGGGAAGAGAUAAUCGCGUUGGAAGUCGGUCGUCGGAGAGCCAUAGAAGCGGAGGUGAGGACGGAGUUGAUGAUGGUCGAAUGGGAGAUGGCGGCCUUGCAUCGAGUUAGGGAAACGGGUUUAUCUUACGACCCUAGGCUUCCUCUCGUGCCUCAUUUUCAUGGCCUCCACCGCUGGCGGCCUGAUGUCCGUUUCAACUCGUUUCCAACUCCUCCGCAACCGACAGUGCUGCAGCAUCCGGUUGUGUUUCCCCCACCGCUGACAGAGGUUUUGGACGCUGAGGUUAAGGAUUCUUCGGAAGAGAAGAAUAAGUUGAUUAAGCUGGCCAAGCCUGAUCCUAAUCGUGUUGUCGGAGAAAAGCGGAAAACGCCACCUCUGGCGGAAACCGCUGAACCGCCUCAGCCGUUGAUUAGCUCGAAGGUGAAACAAAAUGAGUUGAGUUGUCCUAUUUGCCUGACCACCGCCACAAGUGAGAAAGCUUUGGCUGAACACCUUGGUGGUAAGAAGCACAAGGCUAAAGAAGCUAUGCAAAAAGCUCAGAAAACGGAGAAGAGUUUCGAUGACAGUACCGAUACCGAAACAUCACGAAAGAAACUCAAAUGCUCGGAUGAGAAGUUGGAGGAUAAUGAAAAGAUAAAGAACGAAAAGAAUGAGCAUCUGAUUAAGAAAGAAGAGGAGAUGGAAAGUUUUACGGAAAAGAAAAUCGCAGAUUCCCUUGAGAAGAAACAUGCACCAACUGUGGUGGACGAGGUGGAAAAAACACCAGAAGUUAGCAAAAUGAAGAAAUUUAAAUUUUGGUGUGAAAUCUGUUCAAUUGGUGUGCAUUCUGAGGUGGUAAUGGAAACUCACAAAAAAGGGAGGAAGCACACGGAUCGGCUCCUGGAAAUUGGCAAAAGCAAGGCAGCUACCCUCUCUACUGCCUCCACUGAUACCGUCACCGAGCAGGCAAACUCUACCGAUGAUGAGAUGCCGAAAGUGGCUGAUGUGGUUUCAGUGGAGAAGACACCAGAACUUAUCAAAAAGAAGUUUAAGUUUUGGUGUGAAAUCUGUUCAAUUGGUGCACAUUCUGAGGUGGUAAUGGUAACCCAUGAAAAAGGGAGGAAACACAUGGCUCGACUCCAGGAAAUUGGCAAAAGUAAGGUAACAGACCUCGUUACUGCCACCACCGAGCAGGCAACAUCUACCGAUGCCAAAAGCCGCUCGUGUGGUUUUUGA